UUAGAAUGGAUCUUAUCUCGACAAAUUUUAGUAUAAUAUGUGCCUAUAUACCUAAACAUCUAUUUAUUUAUACAAUAUUGUUGACACCACCACCGCAGCAGGCUUUUGAAGAAGAAAAUAAAAACUCGUCGUCAAUCUAACGAGUUGCGAAAUCAACAAAAAAAAAAAACACUAACCUGACGCAGGUGAACACAUUUCAUGCGUCACUAGGGCUGAAUUGCAAUGGUAUGUUUAUUCAUAUCACAUUCGGGAGUCUAACUUACGUACCUACGUAAAUGCAUAUCUUAAAGAUCGCAAAGCUUACGGGAAAUACCGGUUAACCUCUCACCUCAAGAUGGAAAACUAAAGACAAAAAACAAGUACCAAUUUUUUUCCAUCAAAACGGUAUUUUCAUUUCAAGUUUUCAUAAUUUUGCAUAAGGGAGAACGCUCAAUUAUCUAAACCUAUCGUUAGGUAAAAACCCAUCAUUAUGUCUGCUGACCUGGUGGUUGAUCAUUCGAGACAUAGAUAAUCGAACAUUUGUGAGUGAAUUUUUCUGUACAAUAAUUUACAAUAACGUGAAUACAGUGGAGCUUAAACACGUAGUCUAUUGUCGCAUUUUACGAGUAGUUAUAAAAAAAAUUACAUCACAAAAUUUUCGAAAGUGAGUCGCUCAAAAAAGUAAAUAUGAGUAUUAUACUGACGUGUGUGUGCGUGAUAAUAAUCGCGUUUCUGGUGCAUCUUACACGUAAAACUAGAAAUGAAAGAUUUUACCAACUCAUCGAGCAGUUUCCAACGCAUCCAAGUUAUUAUCCUUUACUUGGGAAUGCACAUUUGCUGGCUGGUUCGCUUGAAGGUCUAUUGAAAAAAAAGGAGAAAUUGAUGGAGUCGUACGACCGUCUGUUGUACUGGUUGGGUCCAGUACCGAUAUUGCUAUUGAAAAAAUGCGACGAUAUCGCGGCGGUUCUAAAUCAAUGCGUUGAACGUGAAGAUCUCGGCAUCAUGAAAGAAUGGAUGGGAACAGGAAUGCUAAACGCAGAAGUUGAAGAAUGGAAAAAAUCCAGACGAGUUAUAGGACCAGCAUUCAAUUCGGACAUGCUGUCUAAAUACGGAAAAAUCUUCAAUGAAAAAGCAGCAGAUCUUGUCGAAAAUCUGAGACCAGCUGCAGAGAAUGGUGAAGAAGUAGAUGUUUUGGAUUUCUUAAGGCAUGCAAAUCUAGACUCCGUCGUAGGAACAUCAAUGGGAAUUUCGAUUGGCGACUAUGGAAAAGAAGGAGAAAAAUUUAGUUAUUCAGUGAUGGAAACCAUGAAACAAGGGACCAAGCGUAUCCAAUAUCCUUGGCUGAUUCAACAUCACAUCUACAUGAUUUAUUUGAAACUAACAGGAAAACUUCAAGACAUCGCACAUUUGCAGUAUCUGCCCUCUAAGAUAAUAAGAGAUAAAAUGAAUAGUAUUCGAAAAUCACGAGAGAAAAAUGACUCAGGAGACGAAGAUCAUGUACCCGAAUCAAUGAUUGAUUUAAUAACCAGAGAAAGCUCCAGAGAACUUGGUUUCGAUGAAAUACGUAUGAGAGAUGAAUUACUUCUGAUGGCAGCUGGGGGAGUAGAAACGACAGCGUUGGGUGUCAGUUUUUUAAUGCUGAUGUUGGCUAUGCAUCAAGAUGCUCAGCAAAAAGCAUACGAAGAGAUCGUAGAAUUAACACAAGACCGUGACUUUCUCACUGAGAAUGAGAUGAACGGUCACUUCAAAUUCUUGGAGAAAUGUAUCAAAGAAACACUAAGGAUGUUCAGUCCAGUAAUGGUAACCACCAGACGUACCACAAAAGAAGUCGUAUUGAAAGAUGAAAAAAUAAUUCCAGCAAAUUUAUUCGUCGUGGCUUUUAUAUAUUUAUCAAAUCGAGAUCCUGAUACAUUCGAAAAUCCAGAUAAAUGGGAUCCGGAAAAUUUUAGCGAACAAGCUUUGGAAAAACGAUCUAAAAAUAGUCAACUAAAUUUCGGUGUUGGGCCAAGAUCUUGUAUAGGAUACAAGUACGCGAUGAUGUCCCUCACAGCUCAAAUCGUUUACGUUUUACGUUAUUAUCAUUUAACAACUAGCAUCAAAGAAUUUACAAAGGAUAAUUUGAAAACCGACCUUUGUAUCAGAAGUAAAAUUGGAUACCCUAUCAAACUUACACCUAGAUCACCAGCAAAGCGGUAAAAAAUGAUGGAAGAUAAAGAACCCAUGAAACUGUACUUGCUGAUUCAUAAACGAACAAAUUAAUUUGCAGUUUUAAAAAUGAAAAUUGAAGUGAUGAAUUGAACGUCUAAUCAGUUCAUUUCUACAGAAAAACUAUCGGGUAUAAAUCUUCGAAAUCAUCUGUAUAAUUUUGGAUGCUAAUGCAUUAGAAUUUAUGUUGUUUAUUUAAAUACCUACCUACCUAUCUAUACAAAAAAUCGAAUUUUUGACAAAUUUCAGUAUCUAUAAGUAACCUAUCUAUUUUUUUUUUUUUUUAAUCAACUUGUCUACUACGUAUUAGAAAUGAAAAAAAGGUACAUUGAAAUCUGUCUCAAUUUAUGCUUUACAUUUUUGAAGAAAUAUAAAAUUAAAGUAAACAUUCCGAGACCAUUUGAUAAUUAUUCUAUACUUACUUGCUUCUCUUUUUCAUGGAUUAUAAAAAUCCUAAAUUCUCACCAAGCAACAUAGGUAGGUAGGUGAUUUUUUCAUGAAAUUAAAUUCAUCAUCAAAGCGAUGAAAGCAAGAGAAAAAAACUGAUCUGGAAAUCUUGAAAUCCGUAAAAAAUAGUUAAAGUACAUAUUAACAUUGAAACAAUUUCAUUUAUUUUUUUCCUAAAAUACAAGUCCAUUCUCAUAAGGGGUAAAAAAAUUCAGACCGAAACGCCAAUUUAUGAAAAUAAAUAAAUUUGUAGCAUUUGGCAUAAUAAACGCCACUGAUUUUAAAGUGAUUCUCAGAAUAACACGUAUUAGUAGCUAGAUCUUAUAUUGACUAUUUUUUUAUAUUUGGAACUCGCCUUCCUUAGAAUUCCUUACAGUAAUACUUACAUUAUGCAUAUAGGUAUUUAAUGAGUUCCGAUGUCCGAAAACGACCCGACUUAUAGAGCAUUAUAUGUACCUAAUUUAACAAGUUAUUAAAUCAAACAGAAUAAAUUUGUCUUGAUUUUUAAGAUGA